UGGUGCUACGGUGGCCGGGAGGGGGGUGAGGGGUCUGCCCGCGGCGGGGAACGAGCGGAGGAGGGCCCCGCGCAUGAAGCGGCCUCGUGAUGAGCGCUAAGGCCAAGCGGGUGCUGCCCACCCGUCCUGAGCCCCCCACCGUGGAGCAGAUCCUGUCCGACGUGCGGGGCGCCCACCCGACCGACCCCGUCUUCCUGCUCCCCGCGGAGCCUCAACGGGAGCCCGGCGUGUGCCCAGGCCCCGCUGCGGAGCAGACGGAGCGGCUGUACCGGCAGAGCCGCUCCUACGUGGAGAUGCACCGGUGGCUGGAGGGGUCCCGGGAGCGGCUGCGGGAGCAGCGGCAGGAGCUGCAGCGGACGGGAGAGGCGCUGGAGAGCAGCAUCGCCGACAUGAGGCUGAGAGCGCUGUGAGGAGCGGGCGCUGCCGGUGCUGCAGCAUCGCCCCGGGCCUCGGAGCGUCGCAUCCUUGUAGCUUCUGUCCCAUAGGGGAGAGGGGAAUUGGGUUUGGUUUACGGAAGGAGCUGGAAUCGCUGUGUGCAAAGGGCUGGAGCUUUGCCCCCUUGGCAGCAGUGGGACCUGCUGCCAGUGCCUGGUGCAGGAGGAGAGGCUCAGACCUUUGCUGUCCCUGCUGCCCAUGAGCUCCAUGCCCCUGUCCCCAGAGGGUGGCACAUCCUCUGCGCCCUCGUGCUGUGGCUUCACCUAUGACUUCUCCCUCUGGUACUGCCCUGAAGAUGACUGCAUUGCCUCCCGCAUCUCCGAGCACUUGCAGAAAGAGGGUUUUCGGGGCUAUGCAGAGCACCAGGACCACGUGGCCGGGAAGCCAGUCAUCCUGAGUGCCACGAAGGUCAUCGAGGCCAGCCGGGUGGCCAUCCUCCUCCUCUCUGCCAAGUCCCUGGGUGACCCGUGGUGCCAACGGGUUUCCCAGUGGAACCUGUGUCACAUCAUUCACUGCCACGGGACCAAAGUGAUCCCCGUGUGUGUGGGUGUGAAGAAGGCUGAGGUGCCCCCCUUCCUGCAGCACCUCACUGAGCUCGAGUACCAGAACGAGUUCUUCUUCGACCGGCUUGUGAACAGCAUGAGAACAUCCUGCUUGGCAGCACGAAGAGCCCGGCGAGCCCUGUCCUCCAAAGAGAAGAGGUGAAGGACCAUGGGUGACUGAGGGGCUGUUUCCAGCCUGUCUGGGAGCUGAUGGCCAUGCAGCAAUGGUGGUAGAAGCAGGGUUAUCCUGUACUGAUAGUAAAGGUGGUGGGAACAGGGGUUGUCACAAAUCUCAUUAAAAGCCCUUCUCCAAGA